AUGUAAUAUCCCCUAGUCGAGAUAUAAAAAAGGCAAAAUACACGAGAGCUGUUUGCUUAACCAAGGUCACGACUCAGCUUCGAGUACUGCUUUUCUUUCCAAACGCUCGCUUUUAAUUUAUGUGUGACAGACGGAACGUUUUUUUUUUUUAAAGAAGGCGUCAAUAUCGAAGUAAUUCCUUAAUAAUCAUAAUCAACUGCACGUGUGAAUUCAUGUCUGUAUAUUCUGACCAAAUAUACUGCCCAGUGUUUGUGCCGGGCGGAGACAUGACUGAGGUGAUGAUCAGUAGCACCCCCAUGGAGGACAUAAGGCUCAGCCCCAGCAAGGACCGGCUCUCUUUCCAGAUCUUCCCGGACCCCUCGGACUUCGAGCGCUGCUGUAAGCUGAAAGACCGCCUGCCGUCCAUCGUAGUGGAGCCCACGGAGGGGGAAGUGGAGAGCGGUGAGCUGCGUUGGCCACCAGAGGAGUUCAUUGUCUGUGAGGAGGAAGAGAACCAUGGCAAAAGCCAAACUGGACAGCCGACGCAGAACAACGAGCACUAGAAGCCAAACAGACCCCACCCACCCUCCAACACACACCAGCAGGAGAUCCCACUCGCACCUAACCACUCAGACUGAACAGGGGCACACAUGUCAGUGAUGCUCACUUUCCUUCCCUUGACACCAAAGCAUCACUCUCAAGAGAAGCAAUAUGCAGUACCUUAUCUACUCUCCAGAUUUCACCUCUGUUGCUUUACCUUACACUCACACUCCAUAUGCAUGAAAGUACACACACACACACACACACACACACACACACACACACACACACACACACACACACACACACACACACACACACACACACACACACACACACACACACACACACACACACACACACACACACACAGUUUAAACCAACCCCAAAAUAGAGGCCCAGUUAAACGGUAGCAGCUCUGGGCUUUAUGGACAAUUCUAGUACUGCAGGAUACUACAGUUCCCACACCAUUCGGUCAAACCUGCUGGCCACAUGACUCCAGAGACUCCUCAUACCCAUAUAGGCUACUGCUGUGGUACCCAAGCGGACUUCUGUUUUUCAUACUUUCCUUCAGUAUAUGGAUUGAAAUAUACAUGACUGUGAUUGCCAUUGCCAGUCUUUUUAAAAGGCAGUGCUUGUGCAUAGGUUGGUGGGGUUUGUUUUGUUCCUUUCGGUGGAUUAUGGUGGUUGACAGGAAGUAGGGGUUACUGUCUAAACACAAGGAGACCUUUGGUCUCCGUUGGGUAAAGUACUAGUUUUUUACACUGAGAUGGAAGGAGAGGAAACGCUUCCCUAUUUCUGUAACAAUGAAUAAUAUGUACAGUAUGUUAUGAAGGCUGGUUGUGCCCUGAAGCACUCAUGUGCUUUUAUUUUGUUCUUGUUGUGUACCCCUAAUGUCAUUGGAUAGGUAUUGGGGACAGUAAGAGUCAAUAUAUUUGAGAUUAUGUAGUGAUUUAAAACCAACAGUGUGACUAUAAUGGACGAAGACUCACUGAAGGACAUGUAAAUAUAUGUUUGCCCUCAGAACCAAUACCUGAGGUUACUGUUGAUUUGGUUUAUUUUAUUAUUGUCGUAAAACAUUCAUGAGACUAAAAUUUGUUCUAGGUUAUUCUCACCUGAGCUCAGAGUUCCCUAAUCUAGUCUUCCUGUUCUUUUGAAAUCCAUGAUGGGUAUGUCAGCCUCAAUGUUCAACCAGUAAGGUAUAACAUGAUGUGUGGUCAGUGACUUUGCCAGAUAACAUUUGUAAAUUUCUGAAACUCCAAUUUUCCAGUUCAUAAAAUUGGGCAUUGGUUCAUGGACUCUGCACUGUUAUUAACCAGUCCUCAAAAGUAGCUUAAUUUUCUGAUCUUGAAAACAGUUACCGGUGUCUGUCACUUUGUCAAAGUUAGUUAGUUGGCUGGCUAACUCAUUGAUUGUGUCUCAUAAAUAGCCACUUGGUUUGUAUGCCAUUUGAAAGACCAACGGUGUUUUGCUCUCUAUGUAUAUUCUACAUCACCAGCUCCAUGUCCAGUCUUCUUGGAAGGAUGUAUAUUGUUAAAAGCAUGUUUUCUGGAGAAAAAACUACUUAUGUAUUUCAUUUAUGAUACUGUAUAUGAAGCGUUGUGUACGUCUCUCUCUCUCUCUCUCUCGCACAUUUAAUUUCCCUGUACAUGGCAUUAGAACUCUGUACAGAAUAUCUCUUUGUCUCUCUCUGCUGUCACCCACAAGUCCUGUGUAGUUUUUGUAAACCUCAGGGAGAUUAGCUGCCAUUUUGCUGUCAUUUUUUGUAUUUAGACCACUUUACUCUGAACAGAGGUUGUAAAUAAACAUUUGAAUUUGC